UAGAAAACCCUUUGGACCGAGAGGUCAGGCGAUUUAGUUAAAGUCUCCGAGAAAGAUUCAAGUGCUCGCUGGCUGCGGCUCAGGUGGUACCGAGAGAGGAAUAGGGAACUGUGUACCAAGCCCAGCUACGGGAACAUGGAUAAAAUCGCCGUGGUCGCCAAGAAAGUUUGGUGUCUUCGCAAAAGUAUCGUGGUCUGCUUGGGACCUCUGGUCUUUUCACCGAUCCUCUUCACCACGCCUCCUAAGGAGGGAAGAUGCCUGUAUGUGAUUCUACUCAUGGCAACGUACUGGUGCACAGAAGCUUUGCCGAUCGCUGUGACAUCCCUGCUUCCCAUUAGCCUCUUUCCACUACUUGGUAUCUUACCAUCUUCCAAAGUCUGUCCUCAGUACUUUCUUGACACCAAUGCUCUCUUCUUGAGUGGCCUGAUCAUGGCAUUGGCGAUUGAAGAGUGGAACUUACACCGUCGAAUAGCAUUGGCUGUCCUUUUAUUUGUGGGAUUGUCUCCAUCUAUGCUUAUCCUGGGGAUGAUGAUGACCACAUGUUUUCUGUCAAUGUGGCUUAGUAACACUGCCACUACUGCCAUGAUGAUGCCAAUAGCCAAUGCAGUGCUCCAAAGCUUAUUUGGCAGUACUCCGAGGUCUGAUACGAUUAAAGAUGGCCUAGACACUAAAGACAAUACUUCAAAAGAGUCAUUACCUAAUGAGAUGUCAUGUUUUAUCAGCGAUGACAGCAGUAGCCAUCCACAGAAGUUGGAGACUGAUGCUAACUUUACAACAGCCCAACAGAGGAAGGAGAAGGAAAGCCAGAAGAGAUUGUGGAAGGGUUUCCUUGUCUGUAUACCUUACGCUGCAAGUAUCGGCGGCACGGCCACACUGACUGGGACAGCACCAAACCUGCUCCUACUUGGGCAGCUGAAAACAUAUUUCCCUGGUUGCAACAUGGUGAACUUUGCAUCCUGGUUUAUGUUUUGCUGUCCUGUAGCAAUCCUGUUCCUGUUUGCUGGUUGGCUGUGGAUUGCUUUCCUAUACGGAGGGCUCAAUCCGAGGUCAUGGACUCGGAAGAAAGCCGACAACACUGAGUCUCAAGCCAGGGUGAGAGCUAGAAUAAAGAAUGAUUAUGAAAAACUGGGACCAUUAACGUUUGCAGAAUGCGCUGUUUUGGUUUUCUUUGCUUUCUUUGUGGCUCUGCUUCUUACGAGAGAUCCAAAAUUCAUCCCUGGAUGGGCCAGUAUUUUCCCAAAAGGAUAUGUGUCAGACGCAGUGACUGGAAUGACAUUUGUUCUUGCGUUAUGCUUCUUUCCAUCUCAAAAGCCUUCAUUGAAGUGGUGGUUUGAUCCGAAAGCCUCAGGAAAAAUGAACCCACCACUGCUGAACUGGAAGAAAGUUCAGAAAGAAUUACCUUGGAAUGUGGUCCUACUACUUGGAGGAGGAUUUGCAAUAGCAAAAGGCUGUGAGGCUUCUGGACUGUCCAUCUGGAUAGGCAACCAACUUCAGCCAAUGGUGACUAUCAAGCCAACUACAGCGAUUAUCCUAAUCUGCUUGCUGAUAUCAUGUUUUACUGAGUUCGCCAGCAACACUGCUACAAUUGUAAUAAUGUUACCAAUUGUGGCUGAAUUGGCUUUGCACAUGAGGGUGAAUCCCCUCUAUCUGAUGGUCCCUGCAACUGUUGUAGGCUCCUACGCUUUCAUGCUUCCAAUAUCAACACCUCCAAACUCAAUUGCUUUUGCUACGGGCAAUCUAAAGGUCAUCGAUAUGGUGAAGUCGGGAAUUAUCAUGAACCUAUUGGGCAUCUUUCUGCUCUUGCUGGCCAUAAAUACCUGGGGUCUAUAUGUGUUCGAGCUGUCCACUUAUCCUGACUGGGCCAGAAUCCACGCACAGGAUGUCCAGAAUGGCACCAUGAUCUCCCUGAAUGGAACCAUAUAAUACAUGCCAACACUGCGAGACGUCAAGUCACAAAACUUCCAAGGUCAAUGAUAUAAUGUUGCCAAAGUGAACCAACCAUUGAGAAAUUAGAUUGGAUCCAACUGUGAGGGCGUGAAAAAGACCUGAACAAUUUACACAUAAAAAUUGCUGUAUGCUAAAUUAAAUAUUAACUUUUAUGUUGGAUAUAAAGCCCUAAUAGUUUUUUCUUAAAAGGAAAUGGUUUAAACUUGUUUCUUUUGCCUCUAAUUGUAAUGGCUAAAAUGUACUUUACCGGGUGAAUUGAAGUUAAAACAUUUCGAAGGAAAGAGGCGUCUUCACAUAUUCAGUCACUGAUUGGCCAGCUUCGCUUCAAUGUUGUGCAAAGCAAUGAGUUAAUUUGCUUUUUUCUCAGUUCUAAAUAUUGUCCAUCAUUAGUGAGUUAAUCAAGGACUAUGGGGUCAAGGCUGGAGAACAGGGUUGACAAUAUAUAAGCCGUGACUGGCUUAUAGAGCAGACUUGAUGGGCUGAAUGGCCUCAUCUUCUCCUAUAUCUUAUGGUCUAAAUGUCACUAAGUUAAAUCUCUGCAUUUAGCACAGUAACAAAGGAACAGUAAUGGAACACAAUGUACAGAAUGGGCCAGAUUUUCAUCUUCAGGGUGAAAUUUGAGAGUCAGGAGGUUCCUCAACUUUGCUGUUCAAUCUCCUAACUGGCAGUGCCCGCCAGUGCUAUCUUCAGGCCGUAACAGACCCAUGAUAGGGGUGAGGAUAGUGCAUACUGUGGUAGCUAGUUUAAACAAUUCAUCUCUUUCUGUUCACUGGCAUGUCAGCUCAGUUCUGGAGAUGAAUGUAGGCUCCCCAUAGCUUUCAACCCCUACUCCCUCAACCCUUCACCAGCCACUUCUCCCUUCACCUCCCAUGUCCACCCCCAUAUUUUCCAUGGCUCUCUCACACUCCCAUUGCCCUAGUCAUGCCCCUCAUCCACCAUUCCACUUCAAUCCCUUAGCCCCCGAUUAAGCCAUAAACUUUCAUCCCUGCAAGCAUCCCCUUAUACACACCAAACCCACUCAUUUAGUAUCCACAAUAAACAAAACUCACAAACUCUAAGGUAAUGUUUGGAAGUUUUUGAAAAACUCAUGACUUUCAAAAUACACAAACAUUAAUGGAUAACUACUUGAACAACCAUUAUCCUUAUAAAAACUCAUAAAACUGUCAAAAUAGACUCAGUUUCUCCUUGACAACUGCAGACCACAGCCCAUUAAUGGAUCGGAAGGUAAUCAGGCAUUCAUUUUGACUUUGCAUCAAAUGAUGUAUAAACAACCUCUGCUGGGUAAAUCAUUUAGAGAAUUUGAACACCACUGGAAGUACAAAGGAUUAUGUAAGUUUUAAAACAGGUUUAAUUACAGGAUGUGGACAGCAGCAGUUCAAGAAGGUAGCUCACGACCAUCUGUGGAUGGGCAAUACAUACUGGCCAGCUAGGGACACCUAUGUCCCAUGAACAAAUAAAAAGAUGGUUCAGCUGAACGUCAAGCAAAAACUUAAAACAAUAGGAUAAUUUCAUACAAAGAAAUCCGGAUUUCAACAGUUUACAACGUGGGAUAGUAAUUUACCCAGUAGGUAAUGUAUUCUAAUGGAUGGGAAGGCAUUCCCACUUUCAACAUGCCCCUCUUUUUAUAACCGCUUGCCAGUUUUCAGACAUAAGCUGGCAAUUAAAUUAUGUAAUGAUCAAUGACUACUUCAAAACAAAAUGCAAUGGCCAAUCACUGCAGUAAAACCAAAUAUAACUUACGCUACAUCAUUUCAUUAUGACAUGUGAAGUGUGCAGCAACUUAUGUGCUGACUUUAGAAUGCUCCCACCUCCAGACCAUGGGUCCUUCAUGGUUUGCAACAUCUGGUCAUUUACUUUGCCCAUCAAAGCCUCCAACCUCCGUCAAAAUUGUGGAAAUUUAGAAAUGUCCAUGUCCAAAAUGCAAUGGCACAGGUAUAUCACAUGUCACUUCCAAUCGAAUGUUCAAUGAAGUUGGCUCUUUUCAACAACUUGAUCAUCACACAAUUUAUGUGGGUGUGUGAAUCAUCUGCAAAGCAAGUGGAGUGAAAACAGAGCCUUUAGUUUAGUCAGGAUUUCUCUCAAAUUUUGACACGAGGGUCUCCUGGUUUGCAAACCAAAUUUUGCAGUUCAUUCAUGAAAACUAGAGAGCAAAUUAUAUUUAUGGAUGUAUUAUAGUUGGUAAAUUAUCGUAAUAUUUUCCCACUAAGGAAUAGCGAACUUUAUGGUACUGAAGACCCAUUUUGAAACAUCUAAGAAGUUCAAGUUAAAUUGUCCGCUCAUAACAAUGUAAAAAGUCAGAAGUCACACCAACACCAGUCACAGGCACCUGAUGAGGGAGCAGAGCUCCGAGAGCUUGGGUUUCAAAUAAACCCAUUGCACUGUAAUCUGGUGUCGUGUUAGUUCUGACUUUGCCCAAUCCUGUCCAACACUGGCACCUCCACAUCACGGCUAACAAUGUAAAAAGCUGCAGUGUUUCUAAGAUUGCCAGUUAAACAGAAAUUAUGAGA